GUUUAAAUCACCGAAAAUAUUCACGAACUAAAUCCCGAUUUUUUUAAAAUAAAUAAACUAAAUGUCCGAUAAUUAUGACAGUAAUACUGGUGGUCAAAGUGAAUCGGGCGACGGAGUAGAAGGAGGAGAACCGGUAGUUUCAGGAUCGCCACUAUCAGCAGCAGCUCCCGGUGCUGUCGACAACAAUAAUGAUGAUCUGCUUAGCAAAUUGCAGGCCGAGGCCCGACAAUUGGCUGAAUUGGCCGUCAAUUUUGACGCCAACAACGAUUUGGAAGCAGCUGUCUAUUAUUAUCGGGAAACGGCAGAUGUACUGAAAAAAUGCUUACAUUUGAUGACAACAACAACUACGGUAUCGCCGGCCGAUAUGGACGCCAAACGCGGACAAUAUCUGACCCGAGCUCAGACACUAAUGGAUCGGAUUUAUACUAUCGACUCGAAAUCGGGAUCGGAUACCGUAGGCGGCGGCGGCAGUGGCGGGACAUUGGCGGCCAGUGAGGAGUCGGCAAUGUUGUUAAGGGCUGAGUGUUUGAUGCGGGAGGCGCUCGACGAGGACGGGGAUCAUAAUGUCGAUGAGGCUAUCGAGUUGUACACACAAUCUAUUGAACUGUGUAUACAAGCUAAAAAUAUCACAAAAGAUGAGUCUUUGAAGAAAAAGUUGACGACAUUGGCUACCAGUGCUCUGGAUAGAGCCGAAGCACUUAAACAACUGAACACAACGACAACAUCUACACCGGGAAGUGAUAUCAGUAAAGGUGUUACCAAACUGAAGCUCAGUCCCAGUAAUACCAGUCCCACCACUACUACUCAGUCAUCAAUAGCUACCACCACAUCGUCGUCAUCAUCGUCACCGACACAUCAAAAACAUGUUAUCAGCGGACAGACUGACUAUACACGUGAAGAGAUCCAAGUUCUACGCCAGACAUCUAUAAUCAACGGUCGAGAAUACGUACCGUUUUUGUCGGUCGACCUGAAAGAGCGCUUCUCCUAUCCGAUGCCUUAUUCAGAUAAAGACGGUCUACUGGUGUUGGCACCAAAACAACGUCAUUCGUGGCAACGAUGGGCCCGUUUGGAUGAGCUCAGCCCAUCGCCGGCAGUGAUCAGCGACCAAAUCGACUGUUUUGCUAUCAAACAAACUAUUGUCAGCGACUGUUCAUUUGUGGCCUCACUGGCCGUAUCGGCACUCUAUGAAAAACGUUUCGCUGGCCGUCGAUUGAUCACUAAUAUUGUCUAUCCUCAGCGCCGGGACGGUCGACCCGUUUACAAUCCGUGCGGCAAAUAUAUGGUUAAGUUUAACAUCAAUGGUGUGGCCCGUAAAGUAUGUAUGUCUGUGCUCAUUGAUGAUCGACUUCCAGUGGACAAGUAUGGCCAGUUGCUGUGCUCCUAUAGUAGUAAUAAACAAGAGUUUUGGGUAUCGUUACUGGAAAAGGCAUACAUGAAAGUAAUGGGUGGCUAUGACUUUCCCGGCAGUAAUUCGAACAUAGACUUACACGCACUGACCGGUUGGAUACCCGAGCGACUGUCCCUAUCGGGUUCGGGUCCAGAGUCGGAAAGAGAGAAAACAUUCAAAAUGCUGUGCGAAAGGCACGCAAAGGGCGAUGUAUUAAUUACAAUAGCAACGGGAGAGCUGUCCGAUGCCGAGUGCGAGCGAACCGGUUUGGUGGCCACACACGCCUACGCUAUGCUCGAUAUCAGGGCUGUUAUGAAUAAACGACUGUUCCUAUUGAAGAAUCCAUGGAGUCAUCUGAGAUGGAAAGGCAAUUACUCGGAACGGGAUGUCAACAAUUGGACCAAACAGUUAAAGGAUGCUCUACACUAUGAUCCGCAAAGUGCCAGAAAUUUUGAUAACGGUGUAUUCUGGAUAGACAUGGACUCUCUAUACCGGUUCUACGAUGUGGCCUAUUUGAACUGGAAUCCAAGUCUAUUUAAAUAUACCUAUUGUACACACGACUCAUGGAGUGCAGGUGUCGGUCCUGUUAAAGAUAUCUACAAUAUUGGCGAUAAUCCACAAUACAGUCUAACAUUGAAAAGCCCGGACAGUACUGUUUGGGUGCUAUUAACCCGUCAUAUAACUGAUAAGAACGAUUUUGCCAAUAAUAAAGAGUAUAUCGCUUUAUUGGUCUAUAAAAAUACCGGUGAAAAAGUUUAUUUACCAUUUGAUCCGCCCCCACACAUUGAUGGUGUCCGAAUCAAUAGUCCGCACUACCUGUGCAAAAUCAUGCCAACUGGUUCACCAAGUAGUCGCUAUACACUAGUUAUAUCGCAGUAUGAAAAAUCAGCGACAAUACACUAUACGAUACGUGCCUAUUCUACCGGUGCCUUUCAGCUUAAAAAACUGGUCAAUCCAUACAAAUAUAAAGAGAUUGAAAGGAACGGUAAGUGGACGGCCGAGACUGCCGGUGGAUGCGCUAACAAUAGGGACAGUUAUCACAAGAAUCCGGUCUAUCAGUUGACGAUUACCAGUGCUAACGAUACAGACAAUCAGUUACUAAUUGAUUUAAAAGGACCAAAGGAUUACGCCAUUGGUAUCGAUUUGGUGGCCGUCACUGUCCUGAAUCCGAGUUCAGUCAACUAUUUUCAACGACAAUCGUCAGGUGCUUUCAGAUCGGGCUUUACAGUACUACAGUUGCGUGCCGUACCCGCCGGUACCUACAAUAUCAUACCGUCCACCUAUAAACCCAAUCAAUUGGGACCGUUUUUCCUGGAAGUACAGUCAACCACACCAUUGAAAUUGUCUAAAUUAAGAUAA